GAGGUUUUGGGCCCUGCGCCCCGCCUGUAGCCUUUCUGAGUCCAAAUAGUCUGGCCACUAUGAGGAAGUGGAUGCGGACCCAUGGUCUGAUCCAGCAGGGCUUUUCCCGGUUUCUUUUGGUGAGCCCCAGCCCAGUUUCCAAAAGUCUGUAAGAUAUGGGAAAUUUGCCAGAGUCUCCAUUCCUUACACUUCCCGAGGCACCUGACUGGCAUGAAUGCAACAGCAUUCUCUGGAGAAGCCUGGUCCCCAUUUGAAAAAAGGCAAGAACAGUGUACUUGGAACAUUGCAUAGAGGCAGCGUCAGUGGGCCAUCAGCUGUGGUUGGUUGUUUUCUCUCCUCCUUUUCUUCACCCUGGGCACCCUGCCUCCGUGGCGCACCAUGCCUGUCCAGCCCCUGCCCAAGGAGAUGGAGGCAGAGGGAGAUUCAGCAGCUGACAUGAAUGGCGAGGAAGAGAGCGAGGAUGAGCGCAGUGGCAGCCAGUCGGAAUCAGAAGAGGAGAGUUCAGAGAUGGAUGAAGAGGACUGUGAGAGACGUCGCUCAGAGUGCGUAGAUGAGAUGAUGCACUUGGAGAAGGAAUUCUCUGAAAUCAAAGAAAAGCUUUUCAAGGAGCGCCUGAAUCAAGUGAAGAUGAAACUGGAGGAUGUGAUGCUUGGGAAAGCAGUGGAGUAUCUGGAGCCUCUGGGAGUCCUACAGAACCACAUGCAGAUCCGGAUCGAAGUGGCUGGGAUCUACAGAAACUUCUGCCUGGAGGUGAUUCAUCACAAACAUCGGUGUGAACUUCAGGGAGCGCAGCAGCAUCUGGAGAGCGAAAAGCUGUUGCUGUAUGACACCCUUCAGGAGCGUCUGCUGGAACGGAUCCAGCGGUUGGAAGAUGACAGGCACAGUGUGGGCCUCACCUCAGAAUGGUGGGAUGACAAACUUCGGCCAAAGCACAGUGCAAAGGAAUGGGACUCUCUCCGGCCUGGCAAGAGGAAGAAGCCACCGUUGGUAUCUGGCCCCUACAUUGUCUACAUGUUGCGUGAUAUUGACAUCAUGGAGGACUGGACAGCCAUCAAAAAGGCUAAAUCCGCAGUGUCCCCUCCGAAGAGGAAGAUAGAAGGCUCGGUGAAGGCGGAGAAGCUGCCAUCCCCGGCCCUGUUCUCGGCUCACUGUGAAGACGGCCACCUCCACUACGAAGGCGAGGUCUACGUCAAAGGGCAGAGCAUCUCCUUGCAGGUUGGGGAGGAGGCGCCCGUCCAAGCCGUGAUCACAGCCAUCAGCACUGGAGAAGUCUGGCUCCGCAGGGAGGACGGCAGCAAGACCAAAAUCUAUGUGUCCCAGCUCCAGAAGGGUAAAUACUCCGUGCACAAAGCCUAGCACCCGGUCAGGGCCACGGACUUGCACUUGUCCCCUUUCUUCUCCUGGAACUGGCAAGGCAUCUCCGAGGAAACCAAAGGAUCCCAAAGCAGCAAUACACUCCUCCCUGGGCCAGCGCGAGCUGGGAAGAAUGGAGAAUCUCUCCAGCCUGUAGCGCACUGCAGUUACCAGCUUCGAGGCACCGAUGGAUCAUGGAUUGAGGCCCUGGUGUGGGGAUUCCCCCCCCCCCAGCUGUUUUUGCUGCAGUUCUUACUGUGCUUGCCAAGCGUGCACUUCCUCUGCUUGGGAAGGAAUGUGUGUCUGUGUGUGUGUCUGGCAGCAGUUCCUCUUUCUGAAGAGACUUCCAAUAAAACACCAAAGUGAGAUUGUUUUAUUUUCCUCUCUUAGCCCUUUGCUUCUCAUUCGGGUCUUGCUGUUUCUGUGGGGCUCUGGUAGAACAUCAGCUUGGCAUGCCGAAGGUCCCAGGUUCAA